AUGUAUGUCCCAUCUGACUCCACCAUAUUAGCAACUAAAAUGGCUGCGCAGAUCAUCCUUGAGACCUUGUUGGCCGUGGUGUUGGGAAUCAUUGGAGCAUCAUUGAAUGCACCAAAGUUAAAGGAAAUAACUUGGGCGAGUGAAAUGCGAAAACAUAAAAUCGACGAGAUGGACUCGAGGCUUGGUUUUGCAAACUAUGUCUCCCGAGGAAAGAUAUUGUUCACGUCCUCCGUGGGCAACCGAAAACAAAUAGAAUGA